UGCAAUUCCUGCACGACUGCCAGAUGGCAUGGAAUACGAAUUUCUCUGGCUGGAAUGAGACGAUAAUGCAAGGCGGCAUUAACUGCGACAAUGCUGACGGCAUCACAUGCGACUCGAACGGAAUGAUCGUGACACUUGGAUUGGCGAACUUGGGUCUGCAAGGGCCUAUUCCGGCGUCCAUCAGCAACUUGAGAGAGCUUGUUGACCUUAAUUUUUAUAUGAAUCAGCUGUAUGGCUCUAUUCCAACUCAAGUUUUCACCCUCACAAAGCUGACACGCCUCCAUCUUGGUUCCAAUCAAUUCACAAGCUCAAUCCCCAGUGAAAUUGGCAUGCUUACGAACCUGAUUAGCACUACAAGAAGUUACCCACCCUGGGUUGGCGCCUCUGUCACACCGCCCUCACCCCCCCCGCCUAGACAUGAGCAAAGAGAUUUUGGUCCAAACCAGCUCAAUGGCUCAAUCCCUGAUGCACUCUGCGUCCUCACAAAUAUGAUAUUUCUAAAGUGUGAUACAAGUCAGUUAAGUGGUUCGAUUCCAUCUUGCAUCGGCAAUUUGAAAAAACUACAAUCGCUGUAUCUGGGAGGCAAUCAGCUUGACGGCCCCAUUCCUCUAGCUACCCUGAGACCUUUAACAGCAUUGAGAGCAUUAGGCUUAGCCAGCAACAAGUUCACUGGAAAACUUUCUUUCCUUUCAACCCUCUCUACUAAGAUGGAAACCCUGACUAUCAACAACAAUCAGUUCAGUGGCUCCAUUCCUUCUGUCAUUGGCUCUCGCUUUCUCAGACUGCAAUAUCUUGAUGCAUCUCACAACUACCUUUCAGGCCUGAUUUCGAUUCUUCCAUGGUUCAAAAUGGACCUUUCAAACAACUACUUGACAGGUCUUCUGAACGGUUCAGCCUCCCUUGACAGCCGUCUUGCUGUCAACUGUUUCACGCAGCCCAAAUGUCCCAGCACGCAGCCCAACUGUUCCUCCACGCAGCGUACUGCAGCUGAGUGCACCGCAUUCUGUGGUGGCUGGAAUGCUUGUGAUGGCCGUGGCAUCUGCUAUCCAGACGGGCCCAGCUUGGUGCCAACGUGCUUGUGUGAACUGGGAUACGUGCAGAUUGGGCGGUUCCAUUGUUUUGCAGCAGGUUGGGAUCGUGGCCUCUUUGUCAGCAUGCCUGUUCUUCCCGUAUUCACCAUUCUCACCAAGGGAACGCAGCGACAGACAGUCGGAAAGUUUAUGGCAAGGCCAGUAAGCCUUUUCGCGUACCCAAAGCCUCUGGCCACGGGAUGUGGCGUGGAGCUGGCUUUCAGUGUGAACUUUACAUUCUGCCUCGUUCCCCAGAAUGGUACUGCCGGGUCCAACGGCUUUGCAUUUGUGAUAGCCGCGAAGGGGAAGGUGGGCAAAGCUGAUGGUGUAGGCUACGGUGGAAUGGAAAGGCGGAGUGUAGCCAUUCAAUUCAACACGCUUCAGAAUGGCAACCAAAAUGAUGAGCAGCAUGUAGGGCUCAACAUUAAUGGCUCGGAUAGUUCGUUGGUCGCAGUGGAGUCACCAUUCACUCUGAGCGACGGUGAAUUCUACACAGCAUGGGUGGACUAUGACCCUUGGAAUUCUGGGACAAUUCAAGUGUUUCUGGCCAACUCCAGGGUGAAGCCAGAGACGCCGCUGCUGCAGAGGGAGCUGUCGCUGUGCACGGUGCUGCAGCCUAGUGCGCAGCAGUCGGCGUUCUCCUUUGGCUUCGUGGCGUCCACCACUGUGAUGCCCUUUCAGAUGCAUUCCAUUGUCAAGUCUGCCAUGCGAACAGGCAAGUGA